AUGUCUGGAAUCCCGCAAGAUUUAAUUGAUAAACUGCAAGCCUUUGAUGAAAAGUUAUCAGCAGUCGAAGAUUUAGUGGAUAAAAUUACAGAAGGAGGCGUAGACAAACAUUAUGAAGUAAGUUUUUUUUCGUUCAUCAAUUUCGAAAUCAAUAAUUUCAAUUGAAAAUCUCGUUUUCUUUGUCAGAGAAAAGCUCAUGAUAUGGCGAUCGUUGAUUCAGCUUCAAUGUUUCUAAUGGAUAGUUUAUUAUGGGCGACACAUGGAUUGAAGGGAAAAGUUGCGAAUCAAAAUGAUGAAUUAAUGGUUGAUUUAGCUCGAACAAAACGAAUGACAGCGGAUAUGAAAGAAGUUAAUGAGCGACAAGAUGCGCCACGAAUCAAUCAACAAGCUGCACAGGUAUGAAAAUCUAAAUAUUCCCAAUUUAAAUAUAGAUUCAUUAUUUUACAGAACUUUGUGCGAAAUGCGUUGUGGGAAGUUCCAGAUGCCAAGAAAUAA